UCCCAGCUGACCCUCUCUCGCCCCAUCAGCCUCCCCAUGGAGGUUCGAUACCAGCAGUGGAUGGCUCAGUACGGGCGCGUCUACAAGGAUCCUGUAGAGAAAGCCCGUCGCUUCAAAAUCUUCAAGGCCAACGCGGAGUACAUCGACUCUGCCAACGCAAAUGCCGGCCGCAAGUACAGGCUCGCCCUCAACCAAUUCGCUGACUUCACCAAUGAUGAGUUCAGUUCUUCACGCAAUGGUUUUUUAGACCUCUCGUUUAUAGGCAACGCUGAAUCUACCUCGGAGUUCCGUUAUGGAAACGUGAAGGACGUGCCGGAAGCUGUGGAUUGGAGGAGCCAAGGGGCUGUCACUCCCGUCAAGGAUCAAGGCCAUUGCGGAUGUUGUUGGGCUUUCUCAGCAAUUGCAGCCACAGAAGGAAUCACGAAGAUUAGCACAGGCAACCUCAUCUCUCUCUCAGAGCAGGAGCUGGUGGACUGCGAUACCAACGGAAAUGAGCAUGCAUGCAAAGGUGGCACCAUGGACGGCGCCUUCGAUUUCAUCAUAAAAAAUGGCGGCAUUACAACUGAGGCCAACUAUCCCUAUCUCGGCACCAACGGAACCUGCAACACGCAGAAGGCCGCAACCGCUGAAGCUGCCGCCUCCAUUAAAGGUUACGAAGACGUUCCGGCGAACAACGAAUUCGCGCUAAUGCAGGCGGUGGCGAACCAACCUGUCUCUGUUGCGAUUGACGCAAACAGCUCGGACUUCAAGUUGUACGCCGGCGGCGUAUUUACGGGGCAGUGCGGGACCAACAUAGACCACGGCGUGGCUGUUGUGGGAUACGGGACGGAUUCGGACGGAACUAGUUUUUGGUUGGUGAAGAACUCGUGGGGCACUUCAUGGGGAGAGCAGGGCUAUAUAAGGAUGCAAAGAAAUGUGACAGACGCUCAAGGAUUGUGCGGGAUUGCCAUCCACCCUUCUUAUCCAACAGUUUGA